GUCGGUGUCUGCGCCUUCCCGCAGGCAGCAGCCAGUGAGAGUAGUUUGGAACCGUGUGAGGAGAAUCUGGGCUCCGUACAGUAGACGCUCACAUACAGUGACACUGGUACAUUUGUCAGUGGAGGAUGGGCUGUUCACACCUCACAUAUGGACGAAGAAAAACAAAGAUUUGAGCAGGAAACCUUCCGUUUUCCCGCCGCGGAUAAGCAGCUGUUGCUGGAAACAAAGCCGUUCUGACCAAACACGGAUUUCACUUUUUUUUCUUCUGAGGCUUCAUUUGUGGAGGUGGUGGCAUCACCGGCCGUCGCGCUGUUGCCAAAAUAUAUAUAUUUUAAAAGCUAAAACAGGGUUUUUCUCGGGUACAUCAGCAGUUAUGUGUCUUUCUCUACACCGACGACCAUGAAGAUUUUUGGGAGGUGAGAUGCUCCAUUUUUCCGGACUGGGCUUCAGUACUUGAGCUGCUCCUGAGCUCCAGCAUGGGAGAAUGAAGCAGGUCUUGCUACCAUGAAGAUGGUGCCGUGUGGCCUUGGGGACAUGAUAUCCGCGUGUCUGCCAUCAGAUUUUAUGUGAACUCUCAUGCAAUGAUGCCUGCUCACCCUGGAGAAGAAUGGUUCUCUCCACUACCAUUCCCCUUCUGGAUACAGGGGACAUUAAUGGCCGUUUCUGCUGCGUCGUUACGAGGUUGCUGAACCUUUCUGAGAGGCUACCAAUGGAAGACCUCUCCGAGGCAAACGUUUCCCUGGGCUCCGGGUCUCCCUCGGAGCCGGUCACCCCAACGGCAAAUGCUCUGGAAAUCCAGCAAGGUGUUGGCCUACCUCUGCAGAUCUUCUUCUGCUUUGUCAUGGCAGUCAUCCUUUUAGUGGCGCUGUCAGGAAACAUAGUAGUGUGCCUGAUGGUGUACCAGAGGUCUGCCAUGCGUUCAGCCAUCAACAUUCUGCUGGCUAGUCUGGCAUUUGCGGACAUGAUGCUGGCCAUCUUGAACAUGCCCUUUGCUCUGGUUACUGUGGUGACCACCAAUUGGAUUUUUGGAGAUGUUUUCUGCCGCGUUUCAGCCAUGCUCUUUUGGUUUUUUGUUAUGGAAGGAGCAGCUGUACUGCUUAUAAUAAGCAUUGAUCGUUUUCUUAUUAUUGUCCAGAAGCAAGAUAAGCUGAGCCCACAGAGAGCCAAGCUGCUCAUAGUGGUCACAUGGGGACUCUCGUUCAUUUUCACUUUCCCUCUAGCUGUUGGCUCACCUCCUUUACAGAUCCCACCCAGAGCUCCUCAGUGUAUAUUUGGCUACAGCAGUGAUCCCGGUUACCACGCCUAUGUGUUGAUAUUAACGCUAGUUUUUUUCUUCUUGCCUUUCACGGUCAUGCUAUACACAUUCAUGGGCAUCCUCAACACCAUCCGCCACAAUGCCAUUCGCAUCCAUAGCCACACAGACAGCGUCUGUCUGAGCCAGGCCAGCAAACUGGGCCUCCUCAGCCUCCAGAAGCCCUUCAAGAUGAACAUAGACAUGAGCUUCAAGACCCGUGCCUUCACCACCAUCCUCAUCCUCUUCUCCGUGUUUACAGCAUGCUGGGCACCCUUCACUGCCUUCAGCUUGGUAACUACCUUCAGUGACAGGUUCUACCACAAAGACAGCUUUUUUCAAAUCAGCACAUGGGUCUUGUGGUUGUGCUACCUCAAGUCAGCCCUCAAUCCUCUUAUUUACUACUGGCGGAUCAAGAAGUUCCGCGAUGCCUGCCUCGAUCUGAUGCCCAAAUACUUCAAGUUUCUUCCUCAGCUGCCAGGCAACACAAAGAGGCGCAUACAGCCAAGUGCUGUGUAUAUAUGUGGAGAGCAUCGCUCUGUGGUAUAAGGCAUAACUCCUCUCUGAAACACUGUUAAAAUACAUCUUAUCGCACUAGGGUUUUCUCAUGGUUUACUUCUCUUAGCAGGCUAUAAGACUGAGGUUAGCACUGCAUUAAAAAUAUAAGGGGGCUGAGGUGGAAUGGGUUAUUGCUACAGAAGCCAGACUGAAGAUCCAAUCCGGGAGGUACACGGUGAGUCCAACAUCCCAGAGAUUUAAAGGUUGUCAGAUGAGAAAUCGCAAAAUUUCCAGUAUAAGACCUCACUGUCAGUACUGAAACUGUACUUUAUAAGUUGUUUUUUUUUUUUAAAACAUCAAAUGUGAAGGUGAGGAUUCUUCAUCAACAAAGAUUUGGUUGAGCUUUAGUUUCCACAAGAAGUAGCAACAGUCAGUCAUGAACAGACAGAAUGGUGUUUGCAUUUAGUGGUUAAAAGUUACGUAUGUUGGGCAGGAAAUUCAGAGUGAGGCGAUCCUUUUGAAAGGCAAAAAGGUCAUGUGUGCACCAUGGCUUAAGUCAGGGGUGUCCAACUCCAAGCCUCAAGGGCCGGUGUUCUGCAGGUUUUAGAUGUGUCCUUGAUCCAACACAGCUGAUUUAAAUGGUUAAAUUACCUCCUCAACGUGUCUUGAAGAUAUUCAGAGGCCUGGUAAUGAACUAAUCAUUUGAUUCAGGUGUGCUGGCCCAGGGUGAUAUCUAAAACCUGCAGGACACCAGCCCUCGAGGCCUGGAGUUGGACGCCCCUGGCUUAAGUAAACAUAAAUAGCCAUUCAGGAUGACUGAUUGUGGCAACAGUUAGUAGACACACCUUUAGAAUCAUUGCUGGCUUUACCAGGCAGCUUGCUUUGUGCAUAUGUGCACUUUAAGGUUUGUUGUGGUAGUUUUUCUGGUUAAUGCAGUCUAGUAUUAAACACAAUACUAUUUAAUGAGCUUCUUUGUCAUUCCUAAGACUCAAACCACUCAAGCUACUUAUUGAUUCACACAUAAAAAAACAAGAAAAAAGAGAGUUGAUGUGAGGAUAAAGUCAAAGAUUGACCAACAAUGAACCCAUGAUUCAUUCCAUCUGUUGGCUUUUACAUUAGAAAAGAAAGAAAUUCCAUCUAAAAACAAAUAAUAAAUACCUGGGGGGCUUUUAACUAAACUGGGUAGACUUCAGGGAUUAUUGGGUGAUCUAAGCUCAGGACUUGUCAUUUGAUGUGUUGUGUAUAUGAUGACGACAUUAAAAUCGUUUUAUCUGUUCGCACUUUAGGAUAGGCUCAAAAUAUUUGAUGACAAAUGUGUGGUCCAAAGAUUCAAAAUUUUACAGGACUCAGUAGAUUCAAUAUCAGCUUCUGAUACUUGAUAGUUCUUGGCAACAGUGCCGUGGUGGAAUAUAACAGGCUCGACUAAAAUGUGCUGAGACCCUGUACCCAACAAUCCGGAGCAAGCAUUUUAAAUAAGCACGAUUCUGUUGCUGUUAGUCAAGAAUGACCUACCAGUGUGCGUGCAGUCUACCUGCUCAGUCUGUCCAGUGUGGUGGGAUAUGAUGUUCUAUUGUUGGCAAAUGUUGGGUUGGAUCAACUGGAUGUCUUUGCAGUAUCUGCCUCAAACCCCCACAGUGGUUCAAUGCAGUGUUAAUGUCAGUCUGCCUUUAAAUGGUCAGGGAGUGUAUGAAGAUUCUCAGAAAGUUGUGAGGCCUCCAACAGGUCGACGGCAACUGGACUACCAUACCAAACCCCCUACAAUUUGACCUAUACAGCAGCCUUUAGGGUAAUGGGAAUCUUUAGGUUUUGUGUUGUUCAUCUUUAUAUACAGUAUAUACAUCUUUAUAUUCAAAUCUAUAUCUGCUGUAUCUCUGUGCCUAUUUUCCAAAUUUUAAUCUUGAGCACAUCUUUUGAAACACACUGGAAGUCCAUUUGGCAUUUGAGCCUGUAGAGCAGGGGUGUCAAACUCCAGUCCUCAAGGGCCAGUAUCCUGCUUGUUUUUGAGAUAUCCCUGCCCUACCUGCUGCUCAGUACCUGGAUCAGGUGUGCUUUGCCAAUAAGAAGCUACAAGGGGAGGUUAGUUGGAAAGCAAGCAGGACAGCGGCCCUCAAGGCCUGGAGUUCGACGCCUGUGCUGUAGAGAGUCUCGACAAUUCAGGAAAUAACAAGUGAAAUGCAACUGUUUUGUCAAAAAUAAUAAGAUAAGACAAGUGGCUGCAUAUUACAGGUGAAGACCCUGAUCUCCACCUGCAGCAGCUUCAGAGUCUAAGCUAGUUCUAGGCCAGCUCAGGCAGUUUACAGCUGGGCUUUCACCUCACUUUUUAGUGCCAAAGUUCUUUUUUUUUUUGUCUUUUUUUGAGCUUAAAAUCAGCCUACAUUUGGCAAAAAUAUCACCUGAAAUCAAGAACUAAUACCAUAUAAACCGAGCCGUACUUCAGAGACCAGCUCAUCUAAAACUGCAGCAUUCAAGAAACCUGCUCUAAAGCCAUCACUGCUGCAUUUACUGAGCCCACAAUCACCCACUUCUCCAAAGGUGAGACGGUGUCAGUCAGGUUUUUUUUUUUUUUUUUUUUUUUUUUUUUUUUAAAGACAUUAUCUUAAGUGAAGAAGUUGUCUGAAGGAAACCAUAAAAAUAAACGAAAAGUCUUUAUAACUCCUGAAAGGCACUGAUUGGCACAUGCUGUGCAAGAGAAAAUGUUUUUCUUUUUGUUUCUUUUGUGUUAUUUUGAGAAGAUAAUCUGGGCUUGGCCUGACCUUACAUGUUUUGUUGCCACUGGAGUUGCGGGUAGAAGACGGUGUGUUUAGCUGUAUAGAAUUUGUUUUACCAGGCAUGUACAUUAACAGCUAAGUGGAAUCUGUUUGUGGUCAGAAAGUGGCCAUGACACAAUUGAACGUGUGUAUUUGUAUUUAAAUGUUUUGAUUGUGCCUAAUAAUUAGUCCAUUUGCCAGUCAGAAUGCUGCUAUAUCUGGUGAAAAUGUGCAAUUUCAGUGUACUGUACUGUUGAAUGUAAUAAAGAAAUAGACAUUUCUUACCUUGGUAAA